AUGGCAGAAUUCACUCAUGAAAGUACGGAAAGCCAGGAGGAAGAAGAACUACAGGAGGAAGUGCUAGAUUUCGCACCAGCCGCAUUGGAUGACUCUCUGCCAGAAGUAGAAGAUCCUUUGCAGGAAAUAAAUUUGGGAACAGAGGAGGAUCCAAGGCCAACCUUCAUCAGCGCACUAUUGAAAGAACCACUUAAGAAUGAACUCGUUGCACUUCUACAAGAGUUCAAAGACUGUUUUGCUUGGCAUUAUCACGAGAUGCCAGGAUUAGACAGGGAAUUGGUAGAACACAAGCUACCAAUCAAAGAGGGAUACCUUCCAGUCAAACAGGCCAGAAGAAGAAUGUCCAUGGACACAGAACUGAAAGUCAAAGAAGAAAUAGAAAGGCUGCUCAAAGCAGGAUUCAUCAGGCCUGCCAUCUAUGCUGAUUGGCUAGCUAACAUUGUACCAGUUCUAAAAAGGAAAACUGGGGCAGUCAGAAUCUGCGUGGAUUACAGAAACCUGAAUGAAGCCUCUCCCAAGGAUGAAUACCCUAUGCCAAUGGCAGACAUGCUAGUAGAUGGAGCUGCCCACAACCAGAUGCUAUCUUUUAUGGAUGGCAACGCAGGUUACAAUCAGAUCAUGAUGGCAGAAGAAGACAUCCACAAGACAGCCUUCAUGUGUCCAGGGCAUAUAGGUGCUUUUGAAUAUACUGUAAUGCCUUUUGGCUUGAGAAAUGCAGGGGCUACCUAUCAAAGGGCAAUGAAUUCUGUUUUCCACGAUAUGAUAGGACAUUCCUUGGAAGUGUAUAUUGAUGAUGUUGUGAUCAAAUCACCAGAGGAGGGAAACCACAUGACAAACCUAAGAAGAGCAUUCCUCAGAAUGAGGCAACAUAAACUGAAAAUGAACCCAAAGAAGUGCGUUUUUGGAGUUCAAGCGGGAAAUUUCCUAGGAUUUUUGGUCCACCAAAGAGGCAUAGAGAUCGACAAGAACAAAGCAAAAUCCAUCAUAGAAGCUUUACCGCCUAGGAACAAGAAAGAAUUGCAAAGAAAGAUCCAGCCUUUCUCUUCUCUGUUAAGGUUGAAACAGGAACAAACCUUUAAGUGGGAAGAACAACACCAGCAAGCUUUUGAGGAAAUCAAGCAUUACCUCUCAAAUCCACCAGUUCUGUCCCCGCCAAAGAGAGGCAGGCCACUCAAGCUCUAUAUAUCCGCAUCAGAAGUAUCCAUUGGAAGUUUAUUGGUUCAGGAUAACAAGGAAGGAAAGGAACAGGCGGUUUACUACCUAAGCAGAACUCUGACAGAAGUGGAAAGGAAAUAUUCUGCAAUUGAGAGACUUUGCCUAGCCUUAUCUGAUCAAAUACAUGCUACAAGACCAAUGCUGAGAGGCAGAAUUGGAAAAUGGACCUUGGCCUUGACAAAAUUUGCCUUCAGAUAUGUUCCUCAGAAAGCCGUCAAAGGACAAGCUGUGGCAGACUUCCUAGCAGAUCAUCCCGGAGAGGAGAUUGAAAAUAUGGACUCUUUAGACAUAGCAAAUGCAGAUCUAUUAACCAGAGCUCACACCUGCCUCAACAAUCCUAUCUACUCAGUUCAUCUUACACCUUGGAAGUUAUACUUUGAUGGGUCAAAAACUGAUAUAACUUCCGGGGCAGGAAUUGUUUUGGAAGAGCCACUUGGAAUCAGACACUGCUACUCUUUCCAAUUAGAUUUCCAAUGCACCAACAAUAGGGCAGAAUAUGAAGCCUUAAUCAUUGGCUUGGAAAUGCUGGUAGAAUUAGGAAUCCAGUCUGUGGAAAUCCUGGGAGACUCCAUGCUGGUUCUAAAACAAAUUGCUGGGGAAUACAAGUGCCUAAGCCCUUCUCUGGUUGUCUACUUGGUGGCAGCUAGGAAUCUUCUGACAGAAUUCAGAGAGGCCACUUGGGAACAUAUCCCAAGAGAAGAGAAUUUUGCAGCCAAUGAAUUGGCCCAGGUGGCAACAGGCAUACAAAUACCCGAAGAUUGUGUACAAAGAAUCAUCAAGAUAGGAAAGAAAAGCCUACCAUCGGUUCUGGCCAGGGGGAUGGAGAUAGAUGUCAACUCUGCCACAAUCACUGAAGAUGAUUGGAGGAAUCCUAUCAUGACCUAUCUGCGAUAUCCAACUUUGCCCUCUGAGAAGAAAGUCAGAAUCAUGGCUUUAAACUACCUUAUGUGGAAUGAAGAUUUGGUCCGAAAAGGUAAGGAUGAGGUGCUUUUAAGGUGCCUCGGGAAGAAAGAAUACAUGAAAGUUAUGGGGGAAACCCAUGAAGGAAUCUGUGGAGCACAUCAAGGUGGAAGGAAAAUGUGCUGGUUAAUUAGGAGAUAUGGCUACUUCUGGCCAACCAUGAUGAAAGAUUGCAUUAACUAUUCCAAGGGGUGCGAAUCUUGUCAAAGGCACGGUCCAGUCCAGCAGGCUCCAUCAGUUCCCAUGAAUCCAGUGGUAAAACCAUGGCCCUUUAGAGGAUGGGCAAUGGAUCUCAUUGGUAAGAUCUAUCCAGCCAGCAGCCAGCAGCACUGCUUUAUCAUUGUUGCCACAGACUACUUCACCAAAUGGGUGGAGGCCAAGGCUGUUAAAUCCACUACAUCUCAAGAGAUCAUCAUUUUCAUAAAAGAACAGAUCAUCCAAAGAUUUGGCAUCCCAGAAUCAAUCACAACUGAUAGAGGGUCAUCUUUCAUAUCUAGAGAAAUGCUGGACAUGGCAGAGGCAUUCAAAUUCAGACUGCUCCAAUCCACUCCUUAUAUUAUGCCCAAGCCAAUGGACAGGCGGAAUCAAGCAACAAAGUAA